AUGGCACCAAACGAUGUUCGGCGUCCCUUCAAGAGAGCGGCGAUCUCCGACCAACAGAGACGAAGAGACCUGACGCUACAACGGCAAGCGCAGAGUCGCCGUGAUGCUCAACAACAAGCCCGUUGUGUAGCCACCACAGUCCUGUCUCUCCAAUAUCAAAACACCCAACCCGAACCCGAACUUCUACCGGAUCAAGAAGAAGACGGCGGAGGUCCGUCAAUAGAGCUAGACGUCCGUCAGGCAUAUAAGGUGAAAGGAGCAGAAGCUCGAAAAUGGUUCGCGAAGCAGUUAAUGCUUCCAGAAUGGAUGAUCGACGUCCCCGAUUCCUUAGCUCAAGACUGGUACGUAUUCGCGAGACCAGCUGGCAAACGAUGCUUUGUAGUUUCAUGCAACGGAACUACAGUUAGUAGGCAAAGAAAUGGCUCGAUCUUACACCGUUUUCCGUCUGCAUUACCAAACGGAGCUAAAACUAGAGAUUUGUCUGGAUCUUCUCAAUCUUAUUCUAUACUUGACUGUAUAUUCCAUGAGUUGGACCAAACUUAUUAUGUGAUAGAUAUGGUUUGCUGGAGAGGCUACUCUCUUUAUGAUUGUAGUGCUGAGUUUAGGUUUUUUUGGUUGAAUUCGAAACUUGGAGAGACUGGAGCUUGCAAUCCACCUUCUGUUUAUCAUAAGUAUAGAUUCUCCAUAGUGCCUGUUUAUAAUUGUGAUCAAAGUGGUCUAUGGUCUGCAUAUACUGGAUCAGUGCCUUAUACAAAGGAUGGUUUAUUAUUCUAUAACAAGCAUGCACACUACCAAAUGGGAAAUACACCACUAGCACUAGUCUGGAAAGAUGAGAAUUGUAGUCAGUACGUCAUUGACACAGAUAGUAAAGGCCAAGUUCCCAGUCAACAACAGGUGGUUUUGGAGUUACAAGAUGAUGGAAGUUUGAUUUCAUCAGAUGAUCCUCCUGUGGUCUUUGGCUGCCUAGAUUUGGGUUUUGUUCAAAAGGAAGUCCUGCAUUCAGGGAAUCUUGUACGUUUUGCUAUUAAUGAUGGAGGGUUGAGGUUUGCUGAUGGGAAGCUUGAGAAGGCUGAUCUGCAUUAUCUUGGAAAGCCCAACAGGGCACGUGCUUCUGCAGAUAGUUACUCCAAGGUUGUGUUCCAGCAUACUGUUCGGCACUCUCCCUUAAAAAUUGAUGAUCUGCUAGCAUCUGUUUGCUCGUCAGAUGAUCAGCAAAACAGACCUUGUGAUAUUGAGAUGAGUGGUUGAGGGUGAUUGUUAGUGAUGACAGUGCUUGCUCCUUGCAAGUGUAUCUACCCGGUUUGGCUCUUAUUUCUUCCUGAGGUUUUUAUCACUUGCGGUCCUGAGAUCAGUCUAUCUUCCAGCUGCAUCUCGUUUGUGAUACAACUAUGACCCUACUCAACACCAAUGGAUACAAGCUUGAACAGCUCUUCCCAAUAUAUUAGUCAAAUGUGAUCCUGCGUACUGUGGAUUUCAACUCUCAAUUUUUACUAUAGGGCUUGGCAAAUCCAUAUGUUGGGACAGAGGUUAUACUUGGCUUGGAAUCAUUGCGAAAUCAGGCAAAAAGGAAAGGAAAUUGAAGAAGCAUGUAAUUUGUCUUUUGGAAAAUGUCUCAUUAUUGCUUGGUGUUGUAAACCUGUUGCUAAUUCUUUUGAUUUGGGUUUUAUGUGUUAGCUAUUAUAGGUUAUGAAAUAACUAUUAACUUGUAUUUGGUAUCAUAUUCUGCCAAAGAUAUUUAUUCUAUUUUAUAAAUUAUAUCAGGUGUUGGAACUUGGA